CCAGCUGACCUGAACUCACUAUGUAGACCAGGCUGGCCUUGAACUCACAAAGGCAAGUCACAAUUUUUAGCUUUUGAGAGUUCAGUGGUCUAGAAUGACCAGUCCCAUUUUCCAGGGCCUUCUCAAAGCAAGACUAUACAGCUUCCUCAAGGAACCCAUGUUUGGGAGUCUAUGAACCAAAGUCCACCUGGCCAAACACCAGUCUCCAGAAUCUCUAGACUUCAAGCCGGUGUGACGAUCCCUCCGGAGCCCAGUGGGGACCAGAGGCAGCUCCAAGGAGCGCACCUGUCACAGGUGACCUGGGCUCUAUUUUCCCAGAGCCCCUCGGUUGCCGGGGCAACCCCUUAGCGUAGCCUGAGGUACAGCUUGCAGGGCCCAGUGCGCAGGCGCCUCCUGGGAGCCAAUGGGCGCGGCUGGAGAGCCGAGCGGGCUGCGCCGACUGUCGGACCUGCCCGGAGGGGCGGUUGUGCUCGGAGCGCGGGUCCUCCCGGUAGUCCUCCGUGGCAGAGCCCGCAGCGCCCUCCGCAGGUCUCCAUGGCGUGGGUCGGCGGCUGCAGGCGGAGCUGAUAGGGCCGAGGGAGCGAAGAGAACCGAGCCGGGCCGAGCCCGCCGCCGGCCACGCCCUGAAGCCCCAGUUCCGUGUCCCCAGAUCCCGGGCCUCUGCGGGAAUGUUCAAAAAUGAGUACCAGGGAGGUGCAUUUGUUGAAAUCUUUAGUGCCCAGGGCAAAAAUCCUGGAGCAAAAUGGAAGAUCCUUGGCAGUCCAUCUGUGAUUUGGAAAGAGUUUGAUAAAGAAGUUAAAAGUUUUGUGUUUGUCCUGGAAGGCAGCAGCCAAACCAACAGGAUUCAAUUACCAAAGGAGAAUAAGCAAAUCCUUGGACUGAUCCAGAGGUUUCUUGUACUUCAGAUUUACAUACCCCUGGGACAGGACUUCUCCACUGAAUUGCUAAUUACUGAUUUAGGAAACAUCAAAAGAAGAUUAUAUUUAUCAACAGUCCAUAAGGAACUGUCUUCAACCCCUCUUCAUGCAAAAAUCCCACUCUUCAUGAUCAAGCGUAAAGUUUGGUGCAAUCUGUGCAUUGACUUGGUCGCAUUCACCAGUGAGAUAUUCAAGGGAGCAGUUUUCCAGUCACUGGAUGGAAUUACUGUCUCAGCUAACUGUAAGCUACGGAAGAUCUUCACACUGAAAUCAAAGCCUCAAGAAACUGCUGAGAAAGAUGAUGAACCCACAGACAUUAUUCCACGAAGCUGUCAGUUAGCAACAGAUGUUCCUCAUGUCACACAGUUGCUAAACAUGACUAAACUCCGCCAAACUGAAAUAAAAUUUGGAGGUCAUCCUCUAAGAUCAGCAGAAUCAGACCAGUUCAUCAAUAGAGGAGCAGGCAGUGUCCGGAACAGUAAAAGUCAAGAUGUUUGCCACAUCGCCUUUGGAUCCAGAGUUCUUGGGCCACCUCCACUCUCUGGCAGAAGGAAUAACCUGAGGCUUUCCAGUGAGGUGACAGUAAGAUCAAAUGGGUCCAAAAAUAGCCGGCUGUGCCAGCAGCCCACAGUGGAGAAGUGUGUUAACAGUGUGGAAAUGUCAUCCUUACUGAUACCUGAGUCUGAGGAACAAAGAGAGAAAGGCUUGUGUGGGAGAGAGAGCCGCUGCCCAGUGAAGCAGACCACACCUAUUCCUGAACCAUCAGCAGACAAGAACAGGAGAAGAUUUCUAUUAAAAAGCUCCAGCCAAGAAAAGACAGAGACACCCAGUGGCAGUUCUUGUGGAAAUAACAAGGAUGAAGAGCAAGCCACAACCACCCUCACCCCUGUCACACAACCGAGAGCACAGCCAGUGACCCACAGCCCUCCAGGACCCCAGGUUCCUGACCAAGCAGUGUCAGAUGAAUGGAUAUUUCCUGAGAACGGUGAUGAGACUGUCGACCCAGCAUCUGGCAGUGAGUCUCUGCUCCCAGAUGGGGACUCAUGCUCUGCUUCGCACCUGUGGCUAGAAACCAGCAAGGACAGUGAGCCUGGCCAGGCAGAGGAACCCCAGAUGGCUCCCAAGGACAUUUUCACUUUUUCAUCUCGACCUCGAUCAGCACCUCAUGGGAAGAGUGAGUCCCCUGAGAGGCGUUCAUUUGUUUUGGAUCCACAAGAGGACCACAGAGUGACAAGGGGAGACACCCAAUUGGAGAGUGAUUUUUAUGGCAGUGACAGCAGCGAAGAGGAAUACAACUGGAGAAACUAUCAGCCCAGCCAGAUGAGCCAAACUGAGUUGCAGAUGCUGGCAAGUCUCCAGCGGCAGCAGAAUGAAGACCUGGAGGACACUGAGGCUCCCCAUGGCCUGAGUGCAUCCCAGGUUGACAACUGUAAUGUCAGCAUCAGUACCAGCAGUGAUGACACAACCACAUGGAACUCCUGCCUGCCACCGCCUGUCAACCAGGGUCGUCACUAUCAGAAAGAAAUGAAUCCGCCUUCUCCAUCUAACCCUCGGGACUGGUUAAGCAUGCUGAGCCCACCUAUCGUCCCUCCCAGUCAACAACCAGUGGAGCAGCCUCUGGAUUCCUCUGGAAGUUUGAGUGCUCAAGGAGAAGAGGACCUGAGUGUGGAAGAAGAUGAAGAAGUGCUGACUCUGUUGUAUGACCCAUGUCUCAACUGCUACUUUGACCCUCAGACUGGAAAAUACUAUGAGCUGGUCUAGUUCCUGCCAUCGUGGUGGAGUGGCCACCCCCAUGGGAGCCACUGGAAGUCCACUGAGGAGACACCAUGACGCUGCGUUGGGCAGGCCCAGGGAACCAAGGGAGCAAAGAGAAGGAAGCACUGUGUAGAUAACGUCCAGCAUCGAGAGCACCUGCCUUCUUUCUGUAGAUGUGUGUGGCUUUGAAAAUUGUGAAGGAAUGAAUGGAAACCAGAUUCCAGGACUUUGAGUCAGUUCUUAUCUGUGCAUUCUUAUCCCACAAAUCUCAUUUCAUAUAUUUAAUGUAAGCAAAUUAAGAAUUACUCAUUCAAAUUUCGUGCAGUGUUAAUCUGUAAAUGAUGGCUUGAUACAGUACAGAAAAUGUAUUCUUGUCUAAACGAUGUCUGGAACCUUUUAUGUUAUGGCUUGUUUGUAUUAAAAAUAAAGUAUGGUGGUCAAAAGAGCA